AUGGCAGCCGCAUGCGCUGCUCCAGCCGGCAGGCAGCCUAUCGCCAGCUGCUCGGGGCGGGGCCUACUGCCAGCCUGUUGCCGCCGCCCACCGCUGCCGCCACCGGCAGCACGCCGCCUGCCCGCGACUGCCCGCCGUGCCGCACGCUGCGUGGCGGCGGCCGACGACGACGCGGGUGCAGGGCAGCAGGAGGAGCGGGAGUGGGGGCAGUCGGUCAAACUCUUCGACUUCAAUUACAUGAGUGCCGAGGAGGUGGCGGCGGCCGAGGCGGCGGCCGAGGCGGCCUGGCAGGCGGGCAUGGAUGAGUAUGCCGAGCUGCAGGAGUGGCUGCUGUUCCGCACCUGGCGCUUCGGCCUGCUGUUUGCCGGCUACCUGCUGCUGGCGGCCUCGGCAGAGGCAGCGUUCUGUGAGCUGGUGGGCUCUGCCGCCGGGUAUGGAUACCUCAAGUGGCUCAUCGCUGACGUCAGCAGGCUGCAGCCGGGGGACAGGGUGGCGAUGCGGGAGGCAGAGCGCGUGCAGCCUGUGCUGGCGCGCUGGGCCUCCAAGCUGGCCGCGGGCUACCGCCAGGCGCUGCAGCCGCGCCUGCUGGUGCUGCCGGGGCUGGUGGCGGGCGUGGCCGCCUGGAACGCCGCCUUCCCGGAGCAGCAGCUGGGCCUGGUGGAGCUCGGCUGCCUGGUGGCAGGCUUCCUCAGCUACAAGGUGGCCUUGGCCCUCAAGAUCUACCAGGACCUGCGCCCCAAGCCUCUGACCGAGAAGGACAUCCUGCAGGAGCAGCGCCCCAUGCUGGUGGAGGUGGAGGAUGUCAGCAUCGACCUGCGGGCGAUUGGGCGCAAGAAGGCGGCGGCAGAGGCGGCAGAGGCGGCGGCGGCGGCGGCAGAUGUGGGGGCAGCUGAGGAGGCGGCGGCAGAGGUCCGGCCGCAGCAGGUGCAGGCGCAGGCGCAGCAGCAGCAGCAGGAGCAGCAGCAGUCUCAGCGGGGGGCACAGUAA